AUGCAGCGUCGAAUGCUCACCAAGGAGGAGGAGGCAGGCGGGAACGAGGAUAUGGAAGUGCGAAGAGAAGAUCAAGAGAAGAUCAACCGAUUCAGUUCGCUACAUCAAAAGGAAGAAAUCAUUGAAGAGGAGCUGAGGGCGAAGAUUAAAGAAAAGGAGGACCUUGCAGAAAUCUCAGACGAGUUGGAACUUGUGGAUGAGGAGGAGAAAGUACCAUACAAAGUGGGAGACUGUUUCAUCUCGUUACCGCAGCCGCAAGUUUUGGAACUUCUGGCAUCGUCAACAGAGACCAUCGACAAGGAGGUCGAAGAGCUCAAGGCCAAACUCGAGGGCAUUCAAGAAGAAAUGGGGGAGCUGAAGAAGGCGUUGUAUGGCCGCUUUGGUCGCAGUAUCAACCUAGAGACCUAG